AUGGCCGACCUGACCCCUGCCCAAGAAGAAUUCAACGACCUUGUCGCAAAGAACGCAAGAGAGACCAGUCGUGUACACCCCGAAGACCGCGACGACACCAAUCCGCGCGACAGUCACGAAUUAGACGAAGAAGACUCAUACCGCGCCUCCCAAAUCGACGCCGCCAUGCGCAUUCAACCAGCUGAUCGCGACCUCAAGCUGCCCCCGGCAAGCUUCGACGCUGGCAGAACCACCGGUGUCAAGGGCGUCAUUGCUGAUGCGCGCAACUACGAAGAGGCUCGCAAGACUUCCUUCAUCACGCGCGCAAAGAGCACCGUCAGGCGAUCCAUCUUCGGUCUCGAGAGCCUGCAGAGCGCCCCGACCCCGAAACAACAGCAGCAGGACAGCGAAGACGAGAGCCAUGCGAGCGACUCGCCUGACGAGGAGGCAUUUCUACAACAGUGGCGCGAGAGCCGACGGCGCGAGCUGGAGAGCGAUGCCAGCAAGUCCGUAAGGAACCGCAGGACGAGCCCUAGCGUCAGGAUUUACGGGCGACUGGACGAGGUCGACGCACUUGGGUACCUCGACGCGAUCGAGAAGGUUGGACGCGACACAACUGUUGUCGUCUUUGUAUAUGACCACGAGUCGGACGUCUCAGAAACGAUUGAAUCACCUCUGCGGCCCCUUGUUCGGCAGCAUACGGCCAUCCUUUUUGUCAAGGUGCACUAUCUCGAUAUUGAGUUUGACAACGCCGCAGUGCCCUCUAUUCUCGCCUACAGGAAUCAGGGCGACAUGUUCGCCAACCUGACAGGCAUCAUCGAGAUGAUUCCCGAUGACGAGCCAUUCGGCCGCGACACGUUGCGGAGGCUGUUCGAGAAGCACGCCAUCCUCUGA